AUGUCCAUACAGCAUCCAAACUCUCUGGAAAGCUUCCUACAAGAGGUGCAAAGCCAAUUCGAGCAACGAUUGCGGAUCGAAGACCUACUCGCCUUGUCGAAGAAGCUUCAAGCUGAGCUUCAAGAGCAGCUCACCUCCGGCCCGCAGUCACAACGCAUGCUGCCUUCUUUAAACUAUGAACUACCUACUGGACAAGAGCAAGGAACAUUUCUGGCAUUAGAGGUUGGUGGCUCAAAUCUACGGAUGGCGCUGGUGGAGCUUAAUGGAAGGGAUCUGGGCAUGCGGAUCCAAAAAACAAUGUGCUUUCCCAUAGAUACGGUCACACGGCAGCUGAAGGAGUAUGCUUUCUUUGACUGGAUGGCGGAGCGGAUUGGGGAAUUGCUUGGGGUGGAAGCCAAACCCUCCGGCGAUAUGGAAGGCAAUGGACCUCUACCAAUGGGCGUUGCCUGGUCCUUUCCCCUCGAUCAAACAUCCAUAAGAAGCGGUAAUGUGCUGGGCAUGGGCAAGGGAUUUCAUUGUUCCGAGUAUCUCGUUGGUCGUGACCUUGGGGAAAUCAUCACAAAAGCUUCCCAGCGUGCUAAGCUCAAUGUUCGUCUUGAUGCCAUAGUCAACGACUCCUCCUCAGCCCUCCUUGCCCGCGCGUACCUUGAUCCUGCCACACGCUUAGCUACAAUUCUCGGAACCGGCAUGAAUGCCGCUGUACAUUUGCCAAUUGCCGCCCUGGAUUCGUCCAAGUUCCGAUCAAGGGCGCCACCAGUGGGAAAUAUUACCCACGUCCUGACCAACACUGAGCUCAGCAUGUUCGGCAAAGGCAUAUUUCCUACGACUCGUUGGGACGACAUUCUUAAUACUGCACACACCCUCCCAGACUACCAGCCGUUCGAAUACCUUGUUGCGGGCAAGUACACUGGCGAGAUUGUACGGUUGAUAAUUGUGGAAGCCACACAAACAGCCGGGCUUUUCGAUGGACUACUGUCACAAUCGUUUGGCAAUACUCCUUAUGCAUUUGACACCAAGGAUCUGGCUUUUAUCGAUAUUGACACAUCACCUGGGCUUGCAGCCUCGCGCGCUUUGUUCCAGCAACGGCAUCCAUUCCCUCAUAUACCAAGCGAGAGGGAUAUCGUGUUCAUCAAAGACGUCGUGAGACGGGUGUCCACCCGCUCGAUUGCCUAUUUCACGGUCGGAAUACAUGCGUUAACGGCAAUGCUUCAAAAACUAGAGACCAUAGACAUGGACCAUGUCACCAUUGGCUGUGAUGGCAGCAUCAUCAAUAAAUACCCUGGCUACAUGGAGAGGGCGCAGGCAAUUCUGGAUGAAAUGGUAACACAUGACAGCGUUGCAGGAAAGAAGAGAAUAGUUUUGGAGAGCACGAUAGACAGUGCCGUGCUUGGAGCCGCAGUUGCGGGGGCUAUGGCCGCCAGUGUGGUGAAUUCUUGA